AGUUCCUAGGUGAUGUCUCGGAGCGUUUAUAGGGAUAGGGCCGUAAAGCGGAGUAAGGAAAACAAAGGGCGAAAAGGGAGAUCGUACCCGAUUCAUUUCGAUCCGGAGGGAUAUCCGGGGACCGUUCGAGAGAGAUCCGGUCGUCGCUUCGCGAAGCUUCGAUCUCUUGUUCGAUCUGCUCCGAACGCUCCGAGACGCGUCCCUCUCGUUAUAUAUUUUUAUCAUAAUCUUCCAUCCGCGAUCUGUGUCGUGCAACGACCGAGCCGAUAUCGCGAGGAAUGGUCGCGUUCAUUUACGGCCGAACGAGGGACUCACCUCGACAAGCGCGCGACCAGAUAACGCAGGAACAAAGCGUGUCGGAAACAAAGGGUGAACCAGCACGGAGGAAGAAUAACAAUUACAGCGAGAGACGUUAUAAAGAACAGCGAUCUUUUAGUGCGGAGGAAAUCAGAAAGCUGCAUCCGAAUAAAAUCCCCAUUAUCGUGGAGCGUUACAAGUUAGAAAAUCAGCUGCCACUUUUGGACAAGAGUAAAUUUCUGGUGCCGGACUUUCUGACAGUGGCGGAAUUUUGCAAAAUAAUCAGACGUCGGCUACAGCUGAAUCCGACGCAAGCUAUUUUCCUACUGGUGAAUCAGAAAAGUAUGGUGAGCGGUAGUCUGACCAUGGCUGAGCUCUAUCAAAACGAGAAGGACCCGGACGGUUUCCUGUACGUUGUGUUCGCUAGUCAGGAUGUAUUUGGCAAUCAUUAACCGGAGCGAGAUAAUUUUAAUAAACCAAGAUUAACCAUUGAUGCAAAAUUACAGGUAAGAACGAAAUACCUCCUCGGCACUUAACAAUACUUUGAUAGAUGUUUACGUGGAAUUUUGUGGGGAUUCUAGAUCUGCUAGCAACUCUGUCUGCCUUUAAUUGAAAUGUGCAGAAAUAUUUGUGAUCGACUUACCGUACCUGCUGAAAUAAUUAACAGAACAAUCGUAUAAUUUGGUUUUUGGAACCUGUGUAUAAAAUUAUUACGGUGCUUUCUACCCCUUUGACAUACGGACAAAUUACAUUCGAUAUAAGUCAGUAUAUAUAGUUUACUACUAGUAAUGAUGAAUUUUACUACUGAUUUUAGUGGUGAUAGGCUAUAUAAAAUGUUAAUAAGGUAAUAUAUGUAUUACAAAGGUGUUGCGUGAAUAUUCAUUUCUCAAUGGGUCAGUAAAUUAUGGGAGAUUUUUUAUCUCUUUCUUUCAAAUCCAUUUUUUAUUUAGUAAAAAUUUAGUACAAAAUUAUAAUUAUUUUAAUAAGUUUUAGAUACGAUAUUUGUCUAAUUUGGUUAUUUUUUUAUAAAUAAUUUGCGUAGUAGGCCAGUCUCUCUUUUAAUUUGUUUGCAACUUGUGUAAAAUCUCUAUAGUCUGUAUCAUUAUUACUAUAUUAUUAUAUAACUUUUAAGCAUAGAGUUUGUUACCGUUACACAAAUACGAUUGAAAUUGAAAUGAAUUUGUGUUUGCCAGAUCAGCAGAAUUUUCGUUUUAACAGAUUACGUUGAUAUCUCUGAUUAAUACACUUUUACGUGCUAACAAAUACACACAUGUAGUACUCUCGAAACUGUUUUAUAUUAUGAUAACAAAAUAUUUUUCAUGUGUAUGAAAAUAUCUCGCUGUCAUAAUAUCUUUGUUAAGUAUUAUUUUUACCACACAAUGUUAAGACAUUGACAAAAAGUGUUCAUGUACAUAACAAUCUGCAACGUGCAAUGUACGGUGAUAUGCGUUAAAUUCUUGUAAAAUUACAUUAAGUUUUACACAAGAUAUAAAAUUGAUCUCUAUCAAGUUCAACGAUACACAAUAAAACUAGUUAAGUACUGUACCACGUUAAUCAGUAAACUCUUCAGGGCCACGUUUUAAGAUAAUCUGACACAAAAUGUCUUCUCUCUGUAGGAAACUUAUGCAAUAAGCCACCAAAAAAAAAAAAAAGAAUGCAAAAAUUUAUUGUUAAGGGAUGAGCAAGAAAAUCAGAAGGGCGCAAAGGUUUCUGAAACUUUUUUAAAUAUCGCAUAAAACAUAGUUACGCGUUUAUACAUUGAUAUAUAGUCUCUCUGAGCUUUUUUUUAAUUCCACUUUAUAAUGGACGCCAAUCCAUAUUUCUCUAACAUAUAUUUAAUGUAAUAGCCACGUUUAUGUAAAUAUCUCUACUAAUAUACUUUAAUUUACAUUGUACUGUAUAAUCAGAUGCAAUUUUAAGCGUAAGAAUGUAUUUCUAGUAAUAGUCCAAUUUUGUAAGGCAUUGUAUCGAUACGAUAUAUGUUAUCGCAGCGCUUUUCGGCAGGUUGAUUUUAUUCUAUAGGGCUCAUCGGUAUGUUCUGCAACUUUACGUAUGUACGCAAGUAUGAAUGUAACGUGCAGCAUACAAUCAUUGUACAACAGAAAGCGGGAUAUUCGCCACAGAUGCGUUUCGGGGGAAUAUCCUAACGAAGUCGUUUUAGUCGCACUUUCUUACGCUUUCCAACGCUUAAAACGAAAAUAGGUAUAUAUCCGAGCUUUGGAGAGAGAAAAAGAGACAGGGAACGAAGUGUAAGAAAAAGUGUGAUUAAAACGAACAUAAUUAAAUUAAGGAUGGUAGUGAUACUAGCAGUAGUCACAUCACAUUUAGUGGUAAAGCUCUCGCGAUGAAUUAUGCGGAAAAUUGUAUGUACCCCACAUUGUGCGACGUGUUUGCAAUAAACUAAUUUUUUUUCAUA